AUGGGAUCCCAUACUCGAUUCUCCUGCUGCUUUUGUCAACGUACUCUCAUCCUGCUGCUUUUUGUGUCAAGUGUAACGUUCCAGCUAUUCGCGCUAUUUCUUUCUUAUCGAUCCGAACGUCCACUCAAGGUUCCCUCGGUUGGCAAAGCUCCCGUUAGUUCCAUUUUGUGGGAAAUCCCAAGCCACAUUCAGUUACAAAGACAGUCAGUGGGGCCAACUGUUGACUUCAAUAUUUCCAAAUGGAAUUUUACCGGCUCGGAAGAUCUAGAUUACCGACUGAAUAUCGACAUGCCGGAAUUGGUGAGACGUAUUUCCUCCGGUUUACCGGUCGACAUACAGCCGAUCAAUGAACCCGUAUUCGAUGUACUCAUUUCGCACGCCGAAAUAUGCACCAAUAUUGAACGCAAAAAUCAGCAGCCUCCGGAACUUCUCAUUCUUAUAAAAUCCGCCCCAGGAAAUUUCCUACUCCGGGAUACAAUUCGUGUCGGCUGGGGUGACGAGUCGUGUUGGGGCGGCCGCCAUAUUGUGCGACUCUUUCUGUUGGGCGCAAUUCCCGAUUCACAAACUAAUGUUUCUUCCCGAAUUGCCAUGGAAGUCUCCUUCCAUGGAGAUGUUAUACAGCAGAAUUUUAUUGAUGACUACUACAACAAUACUUAUAAAAUCAUGUUCGGAAUCGAUUGGGCGGUGAACAAUUGUGCCAACGUACCUGUUAUCAUGUUUGUGGAUGAUGAUUUCUUUGUAUAUCCCAGAAAUGUUAUUGCUUUCAUCGAAGGUCUAAGCAUCGCCAUCCGCGAGCAUCUGGCCGCAGGUUACGUUUGGCGGGACGCAAAACCCGUCCGGACCAAACGAUAUAGGCAUUUGAAGAAAUGGGCCAUCGAUUGGAACGACUAUCCGGGCGCACAAUACCCGCCAUACGUUGCAGCGGGCAAUUUCUUCAUCUCCAUGCAAGUGGCCCGCAAAAUGCACAUCGCCUCCCGAUUCACAAAGUAUUUGCGUUUCGAUGACGUUUUUCUCGGAAUUGUGCUGAAAAAGUUACUUCUAACCCCAAUGCACCUGCCACAAAUCUACGCAUUUUCUCCUGUAAAUGAAUCCACUAACCAACUAGAACUUAUGUUAUCCAGUCAUAACUUUGGUAAUCCAGCUCGUCAACUUGCUCUCUGGGAUCGGCUACAGUGCCGAACGUUUUGUACGCCCAACAGAUGA